ACAAUCCUAUACUGAUAAUUAUUAAUUGAAUCACACCAGAUUAUAUAUGUAUGUCUGUUGUAAUAAAACCAUUUAUUUCCAUAAAAGAAAACAUAAGACUAGUAUAAUGUUGUGCAGCACCAAUAUACAUUUGUGAUUUUAUGUGAAAUUUCGUUGGUAAGAUAGUUCACUUUUUCUCAAUAACUUAUCAUGAAAUACGGUCAUGUAAUAUUCUCAUGAAAAUAAUUUCAGUUAAGCUAAUUGAAACCAAUUUUACUUCGGACAUAUAUUAGUUGUUUGGAUCUUUCUACUGAUGUUUAGGACUGCAAUUAAUCGAUCUCUUUUGGAAUACGUGCAUCCUGUGUAGAUCGCCUCGAUAUUGUCAGUCAGUCAAGCAGAGAUUGUGGGUAUCUAUCAGUGGAAUCCAUCACGUAAUUAAUUCAUUUUUAUACAAAGAGAAAAAUGUUGUGCAAUCUACCAUGUCGAAUUGUUUUGAUUGCUAUGAACACUGUCAGCUUGAUUGUAGGGCUGGCAUUGCUCAUACUUGGAGCCUUGAUGGUUUGGGGUCAAAGUGUUAUACGGUCUCUAUUGAAUAAUUUCGUAACCAAUCUAAUUAAUCAAUAUAUUAAAGGAAGUGAUGGUGGACAAAUUAAUGAACUGGUUACAAGAAUACUGACGUCUACUUCUCCAGUUGGUUUAGCAGUCUUUAUCCUAGGUGCUGUUUGCACAGGUAUUUCAAUAUUUGGUUAUUGUGGAGCCUGUUGCAAUAUGAAGAUACUACUUUAUAUAUACGCAAUUAUAGUAGGAGCUUUGGCACUUGCUUUUCUGGUUACAUUCAGUGUGUACUUCUCUCGUAAAGAUGAGAUUGGCAACAAAGCAGUUGAAAUGUUCGAGACGAGUGUAAAGAAUUAUCAAUCAAUGGAAGCAAAUACACUGGACAGUCUAGUGGUUGGCUUAAUCUCACCUCCACUUCAAUGCUGUGGCGUGGAUGGUGGAAGUGACUUUAAAAGUUCACCUAAUUUCUGGAAAAAUGACACUUACGGGGGUAAAGCAUAUACUAAUAUUGAAUAUCCUGUGCCGUGUUGCAAAAUGAAUCAAAAUUAUGCAAUCAGUGAUUCUACAUGUCCAGAUAAAUUCGAUGAUAAUAACAGUAAUUACAAAAAUGGUUGUAGAGGUCCAUUGAAAGAAUUUUUCCUUAAAUAUAUGGAUUAUGUAGCUUAUGGAUUAAUUGGGGCAUUUGUUUUAUUGUUGCUCGUUGUUCUAUUCACACUUUUAACCAUUUGUAUUGAUGUUAUCUGAACAAACAAAC